AUGCUUACCUUCUACCAUGGACAGGAGAAGGCUUCCCUGAUUAACUCCUGCUCCUUUGCCAUGAGCCCCAGAGUGAAUGCACGUGGAGCACAGGCAGCUGCAUUAAUUGUCUGUAUCACCCUUCAGUUGCUGUAUGGAAUAUGGCCGUAUAACUUGUUUAAGAAGCUGGGUAUCCCUGGACCCAGGCCUCUGCCUUUCUUUGGGACAUUUUUGGAAUAUCGAAAGGGACUUUUUGAAUUUGACCUGGAAUGUUCUAAGAAAUAUGGCAAAAUGUGGGGCUUCUUUGAAGGCAGACAGCCCCUCCUGGCCAUCCUGGAUCCUGCCCUCAUCAAGACGGUUCUGGUCAAGGAGUGCUACACCCUUUUUACCAACCGAAGGAACUUCGGUUUAAAUGGAGAUUUGGACUCAGGCCUCAUCACCGCAGAAGAUGAGAAGUGGAAGUGGAUGAGAUCCGUUAUCUCCCCAACCUUCACCAGUGGGAAGCUCAAGGAGAUGUUUCCCCUCAUCAAACAACACGGAGACAUUCUGGUGCGAAACAUUGAGAAGAGAGCGGCUCGGGACGAGGCGGUGAACAUGAAGGAGAUUUUUGGAGCCUAUACCCUGGAUAUCAUCACCAGCACUUUCUUUGGUGUCCACACUGAUUCCAUCAAUAACCCAGAUGAUAUUAUUCUUCACCAACUUAAGAAACUGAUGUCCUUCAGUGUUCUGAGCCCUUUGAUGAUCCUUAUAGUGAUAUUUCCUUUCUUUGUGCCACUGCUCGAAAGCAUGAAUGUGACUCUAGCUCCCCGGAAGCAGAUGGACUUCUUUGUGAAUGUGACCAAGCGUAUUAAGAAGGAACGGCAAAGGAGUGGAUGCAGGGACCGUGUGGAUUUUCUACAGCUGAUGAUCGAUUCGCAGGCCACCGUCAGCUCAGAAUCCAGCAAGGCAAACCAGCCCCCUAAAGCUUUGACAGACCGGGAGAUUUGCGCUCAAGCUGUCACCUUUCUUAUUGCUGGAUAUGAGACCUCAAGCUCAACCCUCGCCUUUAUAGCUUACAACCUGGCCACUCACCCGCAGGUGCAAGCAAAACUUCAAGAGGAGAUCGACAGUGCCUUGCCCAACAAGGUGAUGUGA